UUCUAUCCUAUCCGUAGACUUCUUUUUCCACAUCGGGAUAGCGCCUGGCCCGUGCGCACUGGCAUUUGAGCUGUCGCGUCGGCCUGCUCGCCGCCAACCUGCCCCUCCUCCAGCAUGUCAGCUGCUGCUGCCCAGUACAAGAAGCAGGAUGGCAAGCUCACCGUGUCUGCGGACGGCCGGACCGUGUCCUGGAGGUCGAACAGAGGGGAGACGGCCCUAGAUAUAGCCGUGGCGGAGAUUGGGAAUCUACAACAAACCCCCGCGACGUCCGCAAAAGCAUCUAUCAAGGUUGUAGUCCAGAAAUCGCCCGAUCAGACCGAGAGCUACACCUUCACCUUCACGUCCUCCGCCGCGCGCGACGACCAACAAGCCGUCACCGGAGUGCUGCGGAAAUGGAUAGAGACAUUCAAGGCGCGAAGUGCUCCCACGCCGGCGCCUGCUACUCCAGCUGCCGACGGCGGCGGCACAUCGGCGGCCAUGACCAUCGCGCAGACGAUAGCAGGCAACACAAAGCCCAAGGAAGAUACGUACGACGAUGCCAGACUGAUGGCAGAUAUUGAGCUUCAGCGCUCCCUCCUGAACUCGAGCCCUGCUCUCCGUCAGCGCUUCGAUCAGGCCCUGCGCGAGAAGCCGGAUUCCAUAUCCCUCGGCCAAUUCUCAAACCAGUUCUGGGCUACUAGGGUGCAUCUGCUGCGCUCGCAUGCUGCCGAAAGAUCUCAAGGCAUUGGGACGUACAACGUCCUCUCGGUGGUGAAGCCGAGGAAUGAGGGGGGCCAGUUCAAGCUCAACAUGAGCAAGGAGCAGAUCCAGCUUAUUUUCAACCAGCAUCCCCUAGUCAAGAAGGUGUAUAACGAGAACGUGCCCCCAUUGAGCGAGAGCGAUUUUUGGUCUCGCUUCUUCCAUAGCCGGCUGGUUAAAAAACUAAGGGGAGAGAAGAUAACGGACAUGGAUCCGCUCGACCCAAAGCUUGACAAAUACCUCAAUCUUGACGAUGGUGCCGACAAUGCGCGUCAGCUAGUCAUAUCUUCCAUUCCACAUUUCCUCGACGUGGAAGGGAAUGAGCAGAAUCACAGCCAGCGUCUUGGUAAUAGACCAGACCCGACAAUGCGGCCCAACACUCACGAUAAGGUGCCGAUCCUUCGAGUGCUCAAUCAAAUGAGCGAGAAGAUGAUGGCAGAGGUUCCGCCUUCCGACGCCGAUCCACAUGCGCCCGUCGGGGUCGACGAGGACACUUACAAGGAGCUUCAGCUUCGGGAUCUACAGCGCGCGGCCGAAGAUAAUCGGGUCGUCCUCAACGUGCAAGAUCAAAGUCAGUUCUUCUCCGCGGGGCAGGGUGUGCAUACCUCGACCAGCGCAGCCACAUAUGCGAAGCGGACCCCAGCCCAAGUCUUAUCAAUCAUACUGCAAGACUUCGGAAACAUUUCAGCCGGGAAGCGCCACGGUGUCGGAGUCAACCUUCAGUCAGCGAUUGGGGUUGAGGAUGAGAGCAGUAGCGACGAAGACUCCUCCGCGGAGAAGAAAUCACGGGUUGGAAGCAGAUCAUCGCGGGCCGCAGCCACCUCGCAGAUCAUUAAAGCUAUCAGGAAGCGUCAUCUGCACAACGACGAUUACUUGCCAUCCCAGAUUACGUCUUCUACCGACCAAGCACUGAAGCUGGGUCUAACAGGCGAGAUCUUCGACAAUCUGGCCAUGACCCAUAAUACCACGGUCGAGUUUCUGCAUUACUUUUGGGCGGUCUUUUAUUCCGGAGACGCUGACCGCGCUAACGAAGUAGCAAAGCUUAUUGAAACCCUGGAUAAGUCUCUCGACAGGAUCAAGGCUGUGGCUGACACUGCGGAGAAUGAGAGGACGGCAAAAGUGGAAAGACUGAAAAGAGAGAACGAAAUUUAUGCUCAGCGCACCGGGAAAAGGAGGAAGUUCGACCCAGGUAGCAUCAAGGGCGGAGCGAAAGCGGUCAACGAGAUUGUGGAGCCUCUCGUUCGAGCCAUAAACACCGCACGACAUCAAUACCAGAAAGUGCUGCAGGAGCAACUGCGGCAAAGCAACCUUGGCGCUAUAUGACGGCACGUAAUCCUGAUUAGUAUUCAUCCAGAAUCUCAGACAUGCACAGUGGAGGCUUUGGAGUCAGCGGGUGGAAUGAUGUUCCGGCUGGAGGAAUGGAUUAUCGGGAGUGGGCAGCACACUGAGAUGUGGCCUCGAAAAAACUGAUGCUAAUCCUUCCGAUUUUGCAUAGCGACGGCGUUCGUACUCAGGGUCCAUGUAGAUCAGUCGCCGCUGACUGGCGUUUGGCAUUAAAAAAAAAGUUUCCGGUUUCGCUUCUCUUC